UAUUCUUGUUCUAGUUACUGUUAAGAAGAAGGAAAGAUGUUGAGUUCAGGAGUGAACUUUGUGUCCGAUAUCUUUGGUCACAACAAAGGAAAGAUCAAAGGAACAGUGGUGUUGAUGAGCAAGAAGGUCUUGGAGUUCAAUAAUUUGGACCUCAAAGCUGGAAUCAACUUGGGUCUUGAUGCUGCCACCUCUAUCUUCGAUGGUCUUCAUCAAAUAAUUGGUGGAGCUGUCUCUCUUCAAUUGAUUAGCUCCACCAAAGCUGAUCCUGGGAAUGGUUUGGGGAAACUUGGGAAGGCUGCACCGUUGGAAGGGUUCAUUCGGACAUUGCCAACGUUGUUGAAUGGUCAAGCAGCAUGUAGGGUUCAUUUUGAGUACGAUGAUGGGUUUGGGUUGCCAGGAGCUUUUGUGAUCAGAAACAAUCUUCACAAUGAAUUCUUUCUUGUGAGUCUCACACUUGAUGACAUCCCCAAUCAUGGCUCCAUCCACUUUGUUUGUAACUCUUGGAUUUAUCCUCGUACCAAGUACCAAACCGAUCGCAUCUUCUUCACCAACAAGGCAUAUCUGCCAAGUCAAACUCCAACGCCAUUGAGGAAAUACAGAGAACAGGAACUCAACACUUUAAGAGGAGAUGGAUUCUCAGAGUGCAAAGAAUGGGAUAGAGUCUAUGAUUAUGCUACUUAUAACGACCUGGGUGAUCCUGAUGAGAAGGAAGCCCUAGCUCGUCCAACUCUUGGAGGCUCUAGCGGUUAUCCUUAUCCUCGUAGAGGAAGAACCAGCAGGCCACCUAACAAAUCUGAUCCGAGCACUGAGAGCAGGCUUCUUUUCCUGGCUGAAAACUUCGAUAUCUAUGUGCCACGAGAUGAGAGGUUUGGGCACACCAAGUUAUCAGAUUUCUUGGCAUAUUUGCUCAAAUCUGUGGCUCAAGAUCUGAGGCCUUUAUUGGAAUCAGCAUUUAGAUUAUCAAAUGAGUUCAAAGACUUUGAUAAUGUUCGUGAUCUUUAUAGUGGUGGAUUGAAGCUUCCACACGACUUGUUUAAGCAAUUCAGUGAGAGAUUGCCUAUUCCAUUGCUCUCUGAACUUUUCCGAACUGAUGGAGAGCAGUUUCUCAGAUUUCCUACUCCCUUGGUCAUCAGAGAAAAUGUUUCUGGAUGGAUGACUGAUGAAGAAUUUGCAAGAGAGACGCUUGCUGGUGUGAAUCCUUGCUUAAUCGAGGGUCUCCAAGAGUUUCCCCCAAAAAGCAAGCUAGAUGCUAGUCUCUACGGUGACCAAACCAGCAAAAUAACCAAAGAACAUUUGGAGCAAAACAUGAAUGGAGUCACAGUGAAUGAGGCACUCACCAGCAAGAGAUUGUUCAUACUAGACCACCAUGACGCAUUCAUGCCAUAUCUGAGACGGAUAAAUAGUGAAACUGGAAAUAAGACUUACGCCACAAGAACAGUCUUUUUCUUGAAAGAUGAUGGAAGUUUGAAGCCAUUGGCCAUUGAAUUAAGCUUACCUCAUCCCGAUGGAGACCAACACGGUGCUGUUAGUAAGGUGAUCCUGCCUGCCGACCAGGGCGUUGAGGCUACCAUCUGGCUAUUGGCCAAAGCUUAUGUAACUGUUAACGACUCUGGCUUCCACCAACUUGUUAGCCACUGGCUAAAUACACAUGCAGUUAUUGAGCCAUUCAUCAUAGCAACGAACAGGCAACUAAGUGUGCUUCAUCCUAUUCACAAACUUCUGCACCCUCAUUUUCGUGACACCAUGAAUAUUAAUGCACUGGCUCGACAAGCUUUGAUCAACGCAAAUGGCAUUAUAGAGUUAUCAUUCUUGCCUGGGAAAUACUCCAUGGAGAUGUCUUCUAAGGUUUACAAGGACUGGGUUUUUCCUGAUCAAGCCCUACCUGCCAACCUCAUUAAAAGAGGGAUGGCAGUUGAAGAUCCAACUUCUCCUCAUGGACUUCGUCUUGCAGUAGAGGAUUACCCUUUUGCUGUGGAUGGACUUGAGAUAUGGGAUGCUAUUAAGACAUGGGUUCAAGACUAUGUUUCUUGCUACUAUGAGACAGAUGAGACUGUUAAAGCAGACUCUGAACUACAAGCUUGGUGGAAGGAACUUGUGGAAGUUGGCCAUGGAGAUUUAAAAGAUAAACCAUGGUGGCCUAAGAUGCAAACACGAAAGGAACUUAUUGAAUCUUGCACUAUUGUCAUAUGGACUGCUUCAGCUCUUCAUGCUGCUGUUAAUUUUGGACAAUAUCCUUAUGGAGGUUACAUUCUGAACCGUCCAACACUGAGUAGAAGAUUCAUUCCUGAAGAAGGAACUGAAGAAUAUGAAGAGAUGAAGAAGAACCCAGAAAAAGCUUUCUUGAGGACAAUAACACCAAAGAUUCAGACCCUAAUUGAUCUUUCAGUGAUUGAGAUAUUGUCAAGGCACACUUCUGAUGAGGUUUAUCUUGGGACAAGGGACAGUCCUGAUUGGACUAGUGAUGUUAAGCCAUUGGAAGCUUUUAAGAAGUUUGGGAAGAAGCUCACUGAGAUUGAAGAAAGGCUCAUAGCGAAGAAUAAAGAUGAGAAAUUGAGGAACAGGGUUGGGGUUGUGAAUGUGCCCUACACUUUGCUUUAUCCUACAAGUGAGGAAGGGCUCACUGGUAGGGGCAUUCCAAACAGCAUCUCCAUUUGAUCAAAAUGUUUCAACUUUUUGUUCAUAAGACAAUAAUUAUUAUGUUUGAUUUUCAUAUUUCUGUUUCAUAAAAUCUUGUACUUGGUUGCCAAUAAAAGGCCGUUUGUGUUAUGUUUCAAUAAAGUGCCAUCUGA